AUGGAAGAACAGAAAAAAAAGAAAGAAGAAAUGGAGAGACAGGUCAGAGCUCCGAUUGGCGAAUUAGUGACAGUCAUGGGUAAGGGAAAAGUGGGAAGACCUCGACGAGAUCCCCUGACUGGUCUUCUUUUGGACAAUCACCUCAAGACUUCAGAUGUUUCCAAGGAGAAAAUUGGGAAACUGAUGGAGGAAAAUCCAACAGAAAAGGCAAAAUAUGGCUACGACUUAAUCCAUGCGGCUGAGGAACGCUAUCGGAUGAAGGAACUGGAGAAACUAAAAGCCAAACAGCAAGAGAUACAGCAUCAAGAGACAUACAAUGAAAUAUGGGGUCGACCUGGUGGAGGAGCGCCACGUGACGCAAAAUUAGGAAACAGAAUGGCAAAACUUAAUAAUAUGCUUUACAAAACAUAUUUUUGGAUUGGUAAAAAUCAAAUUAUAUAUAUUAUAAUCGUACUCUGA